AUAAUUGCUAUACAUUAUUCAUUUAUAAUUAAAAAAAAUAUGAAAAAAAUAUGUUUUUGAAUGUGAACGAAUUGCUUACGUGUUGAUUGUUUGAAGUCGUUCGGUUAAUUACCUGCAUGGUACAGCCCAUCUAAUGUUUUUACAAAAUACAAAACAUUAUUGAAUACAUUAAGAUCGAUAAGUCUAUUCCUUCAUAUUUGUACAUUUGUAGUUAAACAUGGCAAGAUUUAUGCUAUCCAUUAUUUUAAUUUGGUAUCUAAACGCUUGUUCACAAGCACAAACUGGUGACAAUAUGAAAGCUUUGAUGAAAAAAUUAUUCAUAACAGACGGUUAUAACAAAGAAGUGCGUCCAAGUCUAAACCAGUCAGAACCCUUACGAGUGGAUUUAGACCUUUUUCUUGUAGCUGUAAAUGGUAUCGAUGAGGUUAAACAAAAGUUGAUAACAACUGGAUUUGUCGACAUAUAUUGGAAAGACGAAUAUCUACAGUGGACACCUGCUACGUAUGGAAAUUUGUCAACAAUCUAUGUAUCACAAGAUAAAAUUUGGAAACCAGACAUUUCACUACAAAAUGGAUUCAAAAAGUUAGACGAACUAGGAAACGGGUUUAUUAAAGUGAUCAUUGAAAAAGAUGGUAUGUUGAGAUGGUCACCCUUUGAAAUAUUCGAAACAAAGUGUGAUAUUAACAUUGAAAAGUUUCCAUUCGAUGAGCAAACGUGUGAUAUUAUUUUUGUUGUGUGGUCAUACAGUAUUUCCCAGAUAAAAAUUUCAAAGGGAUUGAAAGGAAUAAAUUUUUACAAUUUCAAAGGUAACGGGGAAUGGAAAGUUGUGUCGACAUCAGCCACCGUAGACUCAUCUGCAGAAACAAGAGUCAAGUUUUCCCUUACGGUACGCAGAAUUCCUACAUUUUAUUUGAUAAAUGUUAUCGCACCUAUUGUAUUAUUGGCUAUUUUAAACAUAUUUACAUUUGCACUACCAGUUAACUGUGGUGAGAAGAUGAGUUACUCUAUUACAGUGUUUCUGUCGUUUGCCGUAUUCCUGUCAAUUGUCAGUUCAACACUCCCUAAAACCGCCGGUUCUAUUUUGGAAUUUUAUUUAAUGUUUCAACUUGGAAUGGGUACUAUCGUUGUUAUAGUAACAGCUGUGGAACUCCGAUUACACUUCCGAUCAAAGCCUGUUCCAAAAUGGCUGCAAGUUGUCUUUACUCUAUCGUUUAUCAAAUACAUGCAAAGUAAAAAGACUGUUGGAUGUUCUGACAACAAUACUCAAAACGAUAGUGCUAUAAUGAAUGGUGAAGUCACUAAGACGGAAAACACCGACAUUAUAGAAUUGACAUGGCCAGAUAUAAUUGCAAGAGUUGACAUGAUUCUAUUUUGGGUUUUAUUAGUCGCAGUCAUUAUUACAACAUUACUUAUAUAUCUUCAGCUUACUAAUUAGUUAGAUGCCAUAUUUUUCAUCAGAGCGAAGUUUGGAUUUUGGGUUUUAUAACUUUUCUAUUAACUAAAAUGUAAGGGGAGCGCACUUUUGUAUCGAUAAGACUAGAAUGCAUGACAUUAUGUUAUAUUUUGGCUGUGAAAUGGCGGGUAAUGUAUGUACAAGAGAUGUCUCAUUGGGACUCAUAUCACAUCUUCUUAUAUCUAUCUAUAGCAGGUAAUGAUAACUCAGUCGUCGAAACCAAUCUCGAUCUGUUUGAAGUUCAGGAUAUUCCCUCAAAUUUUACAUUGAGUGGUAAACAAAUAUUUUAUAUGGAUAAACGAGCGUUCAGGUGUCUCUUAUUUAUAUUUACAAGACAGCAUACUAAGAUAUGACUUACCUGCAAUAUGAUUAAAAUAUAACUAUUGUAAGUCUUUCAAACCGUUUUGGCCUAAGGAAUAAGAAAAAUAGUCUCUCGUGUGUAAUUUUAAUUGCGGAUGAUAUGAAUGAAACAUUUUUGUGAUUUUUCUCUCUCCCGGAAUAACCAACUGGCAAGGGAGUGUAAUAAGGUAUAUACAUUAUUUUAUGUUGAUAAAAGAAAAUUUAUUUUGAAAACUCAGUGUGUUUUAUGGUCAAUGUAAGAUUUUUGACUUACAAAAUCGAGAUUGGCCUUUGAGAGUAAAACUUAGUUAAAGUAUUCAUUUGAGUGGGGCUACUUUUGA